CUACCUUAGUAACCCUCCUUCCUUCCUUCCACCUGGGUACCUGCCUAGUUUACCUAUUUCGGUACUUAUCUUUCAGGCUGUUUUCUGCCUUAUCUUUUGGUGCCUACCUUGCAAAUUUUGAAUUGCACGCCUGAAGGUGCAGUCACAAUGGCUCAGAAGAAACAGUUGAUCAUCAAUGCCUUCGUCGAGUCGUGCAGCGGGCACCAGUCCCCCGGGCUGUGGGCACACCCAGACGAUCAGUCGUCCAAUUUCAACGACGUUAAGCACUGGGUAAAACUGGCGCAGUUGUUGGAGGCCGCAAACUUCCACGGCAUCUUCAUUGCUGAUGUCCUGGGCGCGUACGAUGUAUACAAGGGCCCCCGAAACCCUGACCCGGCAAUCGUCUCGGGCGCCCAGUGGCCGGUAAACGAGCCGCUGGCAGUCGUCUCCGCCAUGGCGGCGGCUACCGAGAGCAUAGGCUUCGGCGUGACGGUUGCGACAACGUACGAGCAACCAUACCAUCUCGCCCGCCGCUUGAGCACGGUAGACCACCUCUCCGGCGGGAGGGUUGGCUGGAACGUCGUCACGGGUUAUCUCGACUCGGCCGCGAGGAAUCUGGGCUACACAGAGCAGCCGGCACACGACGAGAGAUACGCCAUUGCCGAAGAGUAUAUGGAGGUCAUGUACAAAUUAUGGCAAUCAUCCUGGCGAGACGAUGCCGUCAAGCUGGACCGCGAGAAGCGCAUCUACACCGACCCCAGCCUGGUCCGCACCAUCGACCAUGUGGGCAAGUACUACACGGUGCCUGGCCCGCACAUCUGCCAGCCGUCUCCGCAGCGCACCCCCCUGAUCCUGCAAGCAGGAACCUCCAAGGCCGGCAAGGCGUUCGCGGCCAAGCACGCCGAGGCCAUCUUUGUCGCCGGGCACAGCCCGUCGGUGGUGGCCAAGAACAUUGCCGACAUCCGCGCCGCCGCGAGGGACGAGUUCGGCCGCGACCCGAGCUCCAUCAAGUUCCUCGCCCUCUUCUGCCCCAUCAUCGGGGCCACCGAGGAGGAGGCCCGGGCCAAGUACGAGGAAUAUCUGUCGUACGGCUCCGAGGACGGCGCGCUCGCCCUGUUUGGCGGCUGGACGGGUAUCGACCUUGCCCAGUACGGCGACGACGAGGAGCUGCGCCACGUCGAGAGCAAUGCCAUCCGGUCUGCCGUCGAGGCCUGGAGCCGGGCUGUCCCGGGCAUCCCCAAGUGGACCAAGCAGACCGUGGCCAACCACAUCAAGGUUGGCGGGCUGGGCGCGACCGCCGUCGGCACGGCCGAGCAGGUGGCCGACGAGAUGGAGCGGUGGGUCCGGGAAGCCGACGUCGACGGAUUCAAUCUCGCCUACGCGCUCAUGCCGCGGACGUUUGAGGAAGUUAUCCAGUACCUCCUUCCCGUCCUGAAGCAGCGCGGCCUCUUCUGGGACGGAUAUACGGUGAAGGGCGGGACCUAUCGCGAAAACAUCUAUGGUAAGCCUGGCCUGACGAGGCCGCCGGCUGACCACCCUGCGGCAAAGUACCACUGGAAAGCGGAAUGAAACAUUGAAUCUUGUUAUAAAAGCACGAUAUUGUAAUUAUACGAAACAAAAAAGAGUUCGCUUGUUUUCAUAGGUAAUGAACAAAAAAAUGAAAAAUAAAGGAGAA